AUGAGUGUCUCAGAACCAUCCAGAAUAAAACAUGAAGAUACUGAGGAACAAACAGACUGGAUGGAAUUAAAACAGCAAAGACAUGAGGUGAAUGAAGUGGAGGAGGAAUGUUGUAAAAUCAAAGGUGAACAGCUGUUCACAUGCACUCAGUGUGGAAAGAGUUUCAGACUAAAAUGUACCCUAAAGAGGCACAUGAGAAUCCACACUGGAGAGAAACCAUACACAUGCCCUCAGUGUGGAAAGAGUUUUAGUGAUGCACGAAAUCUCCAUUAUCAUCUGCACAUCCACUCUGGAGAAAAGCCUUUUAACUGUGAUCAGUGUGGUAAAAAGUUUAUUUCAUCAUCAAGGCUAAAAUCACACCAAAAAGUUCAUUCAGAUGAGAAGCCUCAUGUGUGUUCUUACUGCGGAAAGAGUUUUUCACAGCUGGCCAGUCACAAACAGCACCAGAAAACACAUAAUGAAGUGAGAGAACACAUAUGUUUUGAGUGUGGGAAGAGCUUUACUAGAGGCUUACAUCUGAAGCGGCACCAAAGGAUUCACACUGGAGAGAAACCUUACACAUGCUCAUACUGUUACAAGAAUUUCAAUCGGUCUGAGCACUUGAAAGUACAUGAGCGAGUUCACACUGGAGAGAAACCUUACAAGUGCUCCUAUUGUGACAAGAGUUUCAUUCAGUAUGGAAGCCUGAAAAAACAUGAGCAAGUUCACACUGGAGAAAACCAUACCACUGUACUCAGUGUGGAAAGAGUUUCACUCAGUCAGUGUCUCAACUGACUCAUGUUGCAAAACAUUGUUCUAUGAGCAAAAGUUUUCUACAGAUUCAGUAUUUCAAAUAAAUUAUGUGGGAUUCAGAUUCAGUACAUAUGAGAUUAGUUGAAAUACACUAAUUUUGCUUUAAAAUGACACAAGAUUUGU